GUCUUAUUCUACUCCAGAGUUCAACCCAGAAAAUAGGAUGGCAACCUCUGAGGCCACAAAGACGAUCUACGACUUCACUGUCAAGGAUGCUAAGGGGAAUGAUGUGGAUCUUAGCGUCUACAAGGGAAAAGUUCUGCUCAUUGUCAAUGUUGCUUCCAAAUGUGGACUGACAAACUCAAACUACACAGAGCUGAAUCAACUAUAUGAAAAGUAUAAAGAUCAAGGAUUUGAGAUACUGGCAUUUCCUUGCAAUCAGUUUGCUGGACAGGAACCGGGAAGUAAUGAAGAGAUUGAAGAGUUUGUCUGCACUCGUUUCAAAUCAGAAUUUCCGAUAUUUGACAAGAUUGAAGUAAAUGGUGAUAACUCUGCUCCACUGUACAAAUUCUUGAAGUCGGGCAACUGGGGUUUCUUUAAAGACGAUAUUCAGUGGAACUUUUCCAAAUUUCUAGUCGACAGAGAUGGGAAAGUUGCUGAUCGCUAUUAUCCUACAACUGCCACCCUUAGUCUUGAGCAUGGCAUAAAGAAGCUGUUAGGAGUCUCAUGAAUGCUGAAAUAUGAAGGCUUCAACGGGUCACAGCACAGUUAAGCAGUAUGCAUAUCGCUUUUGUGUAUGAAAGGAAAAAAUAAAAUUAAAAAGCUUGCUUUGUGUCUCCAAGACUAGUUAAUAUUGGAUUAAGCACAGUCGUUCCUAUCAGUUCCUCCAACUGAAGAAACAUGUUUAUUUCUUGUGUGGAUGUUUGAUGAUGAUCAUAUCUGCUAGUGUGGUAAAAUAGUUCAGUAGAUAUAAUCUAGAUUCAAAUCUUG